AUGGCGCCUACAAUUCAAAACUUAGCCCAAAACAAACCAAUAGCACCCAAACCAAGGGCACCUGAUGUCCAGAGCGAUAGCACCCAAGCACGCCAAAUUUCGGACAAAAAAAGGCCAAAAUGGUCUUCAGAAGAAGAUGUUCUGAUCAUCGAGCUUCGGCAGCGCGGAAUGGCGUGGGGAGAUAUCAGCAAGGAACUCCCCGGGCGAAGUGCACUCAGCUGUCGCCUGCACUACCAGAAUUACCUUGAGAGACGGAGUGAGUGGAGCGAGGAUCGCAAGACCAAGUUGGCCCUAUUAUAUGAAAGGUGGAAACGGCGUGAUAUCUGA